UCUGUAAAGAAUAAAUCACAUCAAACACAAGUUUCACAUGGUAAGAUAAUGGCCUGUUUCUCAUAGGGUGUUCACGUUCCCCUGCAUCUGUGUGUUUCUUGACACCACUGAGCUGUUCAUGCCAGAGGAUGAGAAACUGGAACAUUUCUGGGUGGACUUCAACCUAGGAACGUCCUGUAUCAGCCUCUUUGUCAACAACCCCGAGGGUUCACUGUGGGAAUCAAUCCAUUUGCUAAGAGCAGACGUCUUUAGGUUCAGUGUGUGUGACUGUGAUAAUCAGACCAUUCUGACUGUUCACCUGUCCAACCCCCUCACCUAUCGCAUGACCAAGGGAAAGAUGGUCCAGAUCAUCUUCGAUUCCAAGCAUGACAUCCUGGACGCUGCCAAGAGGGUCUUUGAAAGCAAACGACUACUGCAAAGUGUACGUUCAGAUGACCAGCCUUCGAUACAACACGUCAUGGAACCUUUGCAAUCAGAUCUUGACGUGCUAGCUGCAUUGGAGACCUCGUCACUGUCCCCUACUCUGGCAACUGCAGGCAGCACAGAGAUCCCUGCUGUAAACCAGACCAGUUUGGCAACAACUCUGUCUCAGGAAAGAAUUGAAACUUCACCGGAGGACAUAUUUGAACUGUGUGCCAGCUCUGACACUGAGGUGGCCAGAGCAAAAACAAGGCUCUUCAGCACUCAGUCUCUCUCCUCUGGCGGGUCAACACACUCCACCCCAACCAACAAGGAGAAACGGAAGCAAAAGUCUAAAUCAAAAGACUCUCCUCCUCCCCCUGCUGAGGCUGGCAGCAGUGUGAUCCUGUCCCAGCGGGCCAAACACGACUACACCAGGAAGAAGCCCAAAACCAAGAGCAAACUGAAGAGUGAGCAUGCCACGUCCCGACUCCCCUCACACCCACUCAUUCUGUUUGAGUGCUCUGAGCUGCGUUGGUCUAGUAGACACCCUGCUGUAGCCCGUCUCCCCCUCACUCUCUCUACAGUUCUACCCCUGUCCUCUCCCAGCAGUGCAGACGAGGCCUCCCCUGUCAAGCACCGUACACCAGCAUGCAGAUCAGCGGGGGGAACACCAAGUACAAACAUUGCAGAACAGCUAUUUGACAAGCUCAAAGAGGAAGAAUCUCUGGAGUUUCCUCCUCCAUCCAACCUGAUAUCACGAGAUUCAGGCUUCCGUGAUGUGACUGGGGAGGACUGGGACGAAUCUGUGUUUCCCCGAGAGGAACAAGAUGCAUCUACACCUACUGACCAUGUUCCCAAUCAGGAGGCUGGAAUUCAUAGGAAGAGGCCUUGGGCCUCAGCAGAGCGUGCCGACUUGGGAGGUGCAGCGGAGAAGAAGAGUGUGCCGCUAGAAAGUGAUCCAAGGCAAAGACCCAGGGCCUUCUUUCCCUCAGAACCUCUCGAGGAGGCUGCUGAAUCAAUGAGCAGAGUGCUGAAUGAGGAGGUGGAGUCUGAGAUGGAGAUGGGCUCUGGAGUCAUCGCUGCUUUCCAGACCUUCAAGAGCCAGCUGAGAGCGCACUUCUCGUCCAGGUACAAGAAAAUUGAAGCCCGCUCCCUGCAGUCUCUGAUGGACUGUCAGAAAAACGUCACUUCUCUCCUGGGUGCUGUCCAUGACAGCAGGCUGGUCCACCUGGAGCGCUUCCAGGCCACCGUAGUCCAGGAGCUGGGCCGCCUGGAGAAUGACUGCAUCUCGCUCAAAGAGAUUGAGUGUGAAACUGUGAACUUUUGGCAGAGCGAGUCUCAGUCCGUGCGGUCAUUCUGUGACCAACAGCAGCAGAGGUUAGAGUCGCUAGGAGAGCCCAGAGAUGGCUGGAGGAGCAGCAUGUCACAGAGGGAGGAGGCUGCAGCACCACCGGAACCUCCAAAGUAGAAAGCCGGUGACAAAGGAAAUAGAUAAGACUCUCCAGGUCCUGAUGAAACCAACACCACUUUGGACCUUUAUGCUGACAUUCAACCAUGAGUGACGUCGUACAGAUGCGUAAUGGCUGAUAGACCAUGACCAAAGUUCUCACACAGGCAAUGACCUACCUUGCUCAUUUUUUUUCUGCCAUUGUUCAAAAUACACUCAAUUAGAGCUAAUACAUGAAGGAUAAUAAUAGGCUGAUGAAUUUCAGGGACAUGGUUAGACAUCAGAGAGCAAGGCAGACCAUGCGUGUUUAUUUUUUUUAAAUAACUUUUGUCAUGUUUGUCGAUAGUCACUCAGACAUUCAGUGACUGAUUGAGAAAUGCAAUGUAUGAAGUCUACGAAAGUCG